AUGAAUAAAUUAAUCAUUGUCGCUUUAUUGGCUGCUUGCGUCUUCGCAAGAUUCUCCACUAUGCAAGACUAGGACAUCGCUGCUGCCUUCAAGAAGUUCACUCAAACUUACAACAAGAAGUACAGCUCUGAAGAACACUACAACGCCAGAUUAUCUAUCUUCAAGGAAAACUUAAGAAGAAUCGAACUCUUCAACAAGAACGACGAAGCUCAACACGGAAUCACCUAAUUCGCUGACUUAACCCACGAAGAAUUCGCUGACAUGUACCUUGGUUACAAGCCCCAACUUAGAAACUCCCAAGCUAAGGUUUCCCUCUCUUCUACUCCCUUCACUGCUCCCACUGCUAUUGAUUGGACCACCAAGGGUGCCGUUACCCCUGUUAAGAACUAAGGUUCUUGCGGUUCAUGCUGGGCUUUCUCUACCACUGGUUCCAUUGAAGGUCAAUACGUCCUCCAAUUAAAGUAAAACUUAACCUCUUUCUCUGAAUAACAAUUGGUUGAUUGUGAUACCAAGGAAGAUUAAGGUUGCAAUGGUGGUUUGAUGGACAAUGCUUUCACCUACUUAGAAUCUGCCAAGCUUGAAACUGAAUCAGCUUAUCCCUACACUGCUGUUGAUGGUUCUUGCAAAUACAACUAAUCCCUCGGUGUUGUUGGUGUUGCUUCCUUUGUUGAUAUUGAAUAAGGUAAGACUGUUGCUGACACUGAAAACACUAUGGGUGUUGCCCUCGAUAACAUUGGUCCUCUCUCCGUUGCUAUCAAUGCCAACAAUCUCUAAUUCUACGCUGGUGGUAUCUCUAACCCCCUCAUCUGCAAUCCUAACGGUCUUAACCACGGUGUCUUAAUCGUUGGUUUGGGAAGUGAAAACGGUAAGGACUUCUGGAAGGUCAAGAACUCUUGGGGUGCCUCUUGGGGUGAAAAGGGUUACUUCAGAAUCGUCAGAGGUAAGGGUAAAUGCGGUAUCAACAGAGCCGUCUCAUACCCCGUCCUUGCUUGA